AUGACGAGCAACUCAGCAAACAUCCUAGCCCGCAUCGACGAGUUGAUGCUCGACCUCGUGCGUCAACUCGCCACCCAAGUUGAGGUGCUGCGGUCGUCGCCCAUCGCUUCUUCAUCCUCCUUCUCCUCCGCUGUCGACUCGACUGCACCUUGUCAGGCUGAUGUAGAGCGCUCCGCGAAACGCGCCAAGCAAAACAAACCGAAAGUGACGCCGCUGAGGAUGGCGACGCUUGCGACGACCGAAGGAGGGGUUGCGGCCGAGAGCAACGUUUGCUUUCCCACCAAGAGUGUUGUUGGUAUACGACGCUUUGCCCAAGUACUGAGAGUGCUAGAGCUGGUACAGUCAAGCAUUUUGCAGGGACGAUUCGUGACGAAACGAGAUAUAUACUACCAGAGCCUGCAUCUCUUCGCGACCCAACAGGCAUCCGACCGGACCAUAGCCCUGCUCGUCACGCUGCUCGGCUGCACCGACCGGCUGCAGCUCAACAUCGUCGCCAGCCCGCGCGGGCUCGUUUCUGGCCCGUUGACCCUCUGCCCACCUUGCGGAGAAGCGAUCGAGUGUCGACCAGGAGCGACCACGAUCAUUCCGACCGAGAUCAGCGCCGGUUGGAGCGUCGACCUGCGCUGCGAGCCAGGAACCCACGCGGGAACCCACGCGCAACGGCAUCUCGUGCUCAUCGUGGAGAAGGAGGCCGCGUUCAAGCAGAUCGUACAAUUCAGACCUGAUACUAAAGAGGUCGAGGGGAACGGAGGUGGGAGGAUUGAUUGGAGCAAGGUAGUGGUGGUCACGGCUAAAGGGUAUCCCGACUGUGCCACGCGUGUGUUGGUGCAGCUUCUCACCGCUUCCGACUGCGAUGUGAGGGUGGUGGGGCUGUUCGACGGCGAUCCGUACGGCGUUGACAUCGCUCGCCACUUCCAGUCGAGUGGUAAAGUCGAGUGGAUAGGUGUCGAUACUGCCGAAUUUCUCCCCGCUCCGACGGGACCUUCGUCAUCCGCAUUGGUGCCGCUGCGGAACGACGAACGAGCAACGGCUGUGCGGCUGCUGAACAGUCUCAAGGGCUCGCAGGAGGACGAGUGUGCGAGGGCUAGGUUGACAGGCAUGCUCUUGACAGGGUACAAGGUGGAGAUCGAGGCAGCGUACAAUUUCGCACCACCCUCAAGGAUGGGGUUGGGUACACCACGCGGGCUCAUUGGGUAUAUCGAGUACAAGCUCUCUGAUUCUUUCGGGCCAGAGUAA